GUGAAUGUGCAGCAUGGAUAUUGUAGGACUGGAGUUUGUCCUCCCCCUAAGUCCACAGCAGCUGCCACCCCCCUCUUUCCCAGGCGUCCUCCGUUCCCCUCUGCCCGCCCCAUCGACCGCGGGGCAGAGCGUGUGCCCCGGGAGCAGCCGUACCCUGCGUGCCCAGAGUUCUUCUUCCCCUGCCGGCAGCGCCGUGCUGGGGCGGGGGUGCUCCCGGGGCUGGGCGGGCGGGAGGCUGUGGGGCUGUCCCCGGGGACGAGGCGCGGAGGGGCCGGCACCCUCGGGCCGGGACUCGCUCUGUGGUGCGACCGGGAAGGAGCAGCGACCCCGGCGGGGCGGAGCGGAGCCGAACCAGCGGCGGGGGAGCGCCGUGCCAGCCCCGGCCCCGCAGCCCCGGCGGUGGGCGGCGCAGCUGGAGCUGCGGCUGGGGGCUGAGCCUUGGCAGCCCCAUCCGCUGCAGCUGCCAUGGAGCUGCUCCAAGUGCUGCUGGCUGCCGUUCUGCUCCCGCUCCUGCCUCGUGAGUACCCCCAGGACAGACCCAGGAGGUGGAAAAGCCGGGUGCCAUCCAGUCUGGAUGCAAAGGCUGAGCUCUGCCGAGGUGGCGGCCGUGCUGGGUGGGAUGUGUGAGGGAAGCAGUGCCCCUAAGCUGUCUCCCUCAGUUGGCAGGGCAGCUGUGCCACUGCCGACGCUGACACGGCCACUGAGCAUGGUGCUGGCUGGGCAGCGCCGGCAGCUGGUCGUGUGCGUGGUGAGCGACCUGGCCCCCAGCUCUGGCCAUGCUGUCUGGAUCUCCGGUGGGAACGGCAGCAUCCUGCAGUCCUUUGCCUAUGGGGCCUCCCAGGAGGAUGGCGGCACCGUCUGCUCCGUCUCUCUCCUUUCCAGUGACCCCCCGCGCGAGAGGGAACUUGCCUGCCAUGUGGGGGCAAACAGGACCUCUCCAUCCCACAGCUCCAGCCCCAUCCGCAUCACGGGCAAUGAGGAGGCGGCAGAGCUGUGUAGCACAGCUGUGUCACCGGCCCCUGCCUUGGCAGCCCUGCUUAUGGCUGUCCGUGUGGUGUUGCUGAAGGUCUUGCUCUCUGAUGCUGUCCUCACCUCCAUCCUCCUCGCCCAGAGCUGAGGGUACGGGCAGUUGCCCAAAGGGCAAUCCAGGGUAGAUCAUGACGGACAUUUGCUGUCUGGUGCGGUUUCCUCUGUCUUUGCUGUGCAAGCGCACGUGGAGCUGGACAGCAAAUAGAAAUUUUUUUUUAAAAAAAUAAAAAUAGGGAGUUCUUUACAAAGCUUUCCCUGCUGGGGAAGCAGCUCUGGGGAUGCUGAUGUCCGAGUUCUGAUGUGGCAUCAGUGUAGCCUCAGAGAAGCAUCAGUGCAAACACUGACCACACUCUGCUCUUCUUCCUGCUUGGGCUUGGAAUCUGUGUCAGUGCACAGCAAAAGCUGCAGGAAGCAUCUGGAUAACGGGACUCAGCACUCCUGGCAUGUGUGUGGUGCAGCACACCAGCAGCAGGUGUGGUGUGGAGGGAGACAUCCUUGAUGCCCGAGUUCCAAGAGGCUGCGGGAAGGAACGAUCAUCUCACCUGAGAAAUGGCCACAGUGGUCUCCAGCCCCUGGUGCCAGCAGAGACAGGACCGUGCAGGAGGUGUGCACAGGGCUUAUCAACACGUGUGCAGGAGCUCUGGAGAAGCCACUUCGCCCUUUUCCUGCCUGGGUCAUCUCUCAACUCACGUAACUGCCUGGGAGAAGACAGUGGCUCAUUGCUGUCAGACCAUUUCCUGCUGGAGUUUGGUUCUUCUCUUAAAGUGGAGCUCAAAGAAGAGGUGGCUCCUGACAAACAGGACCCCACAGCACCGGACAAAGCUUUCUCCAGUCUCCUGAGAUUUUAUAUUUAGGGCAGUAAUGGCCACACCAUGCCUGGCUUCCAUCCCUCCCCAUUCCCACUUGUAAACCCCUGAGAUAUUUCUCCUGCUGUGUGCUUCUAUAACUGUGUUUGGCUCUUUUUAGAGAAAAAAAUAAAGCUUUUUUUUUUUUAGUUUUAUAAAAAUAA